GGCGCCCCCCGCGGGACAGGCGCGGGGACGGCUCCGGGGGGCGGGGGCCGGGGCCCGGGCCGGCUCGCGCGGGGGGUAUGAUGACCCGGCGGCGGGGCCCCGGAUCUCGUCUCCUCCGCCGCCUCCUCACGGCAGCCCCAGCUCGCGGCUGAGAACCCGACCCACCGGCGGUUUGUAAUUUGUAAUGAUGGUGGAGACUACGUGGGACCAGCCCACCUAAUGUGUGUCUGUGCAAGGCGGAUCUAGAGGUCUGGCUCAGAGGGAAACUUUUGCUGUCGCCGCUUUCCCAAAGCUUUCGAUAAAAAAAAGAGAGAGAGAGAGAGAGAAGGUAUGGCAUCACAGCUGCAGGUGUUUUCCCCCCCAUCAGUGUCGUCGAGUGCCUUCUGCAGUGCGAAGAAACUGAAAAUAGAGCCCUCUGGCUGGGAUGUUUCUGGACAGAGCAGCAACGACAAAUAUUAUACCCACAGCAAAACCCUCCCAGCCACACAAGGGCAAGCCAGCUCCUCUCACCAGGUAGCAAAUUUCAACAUCCCUGCUUACGACCAGGGCCUUCUCCUCCAGGCUCCUGCAGCGGAGCGUAUCGUCGUAACCGCUGCUGAUAGCUCGGCCGGUGCUGCUACGGCAACCUUCCAAAGCAGCCAGACCCUGACUCACAGAAACAACGUUUCUUUGCUUGAGCCAUAUCAAAAAUGUGGAUUGAAAAGAAAAAGUGAGGAAGUUGACAGCAACGGUAGCGUGCAAAUCAUAGAAGAACAUCCCCCUCUCAUGCUGCAAAACAGGACUGUGGUGGGUGCUGCUGCCACGACCACCACUGUGACCACAAAGAGUAGCAGUUCCAGCGGAGAAGGGGAUUACCAGCUGGUCCAGCAUGAGAUCCUUUGCUCUAUGACCAAUAGCUACGAAGUGUUGGAGUUCCUAGGCCGGGGAACAUUUGGACAGGUGGCUAAGUGCUGGAAGCGGAGCACUAAGGAAAUUGUGGCUAUUAAAAUCUUGAAGAACCACCCCUCCUAUGCCAGACAAGGACAGAUUGAAGUGAGCAUCCUUUCCCGCCUAAGCAGUGAAAAUGCCGAUGAGUAUAAUUUUGUUCGUUCUUACGAGUGCUUUCAGCAUAAGAAUCACACCUGCCUUGUGUUUGAGAUGCUGGAGCAGAACUUGUAUGAUUUUCUAAAGCAGAACAAGUUUAGCCCACUGCCACUCAAGUACAUCAGACCAAUCUUGCAGCAGGUGGCCACAGCCCUGAUGAAGCUCAAGAGCCUUGGUCUGAUUCACGCUGACCUUAAGCCUGAAAACAUAAUGCUGGUCGAUCCAGUGCGCCAACCCUACCGAGUGAAGGUCAUUGACUUUGGUUCUGCUAGUCACGUUUCCAAAGCUGUGUGCUCAACCUACUUACAGUCACGUUACUACAGAGCCCCUGAAAUUAUUCUUGGAUUACCAUUUUGUGAAGCUAUUGAUAUGUGGUCAUUGGGCUGUGUGAUAGCUGAGCUGUUCCUGGGAUGGCCUCUUUAUCCUGGUGCUUCAGAAUAUGAUCAGAUUCGUUACAUUUCACAAACACAAGGCCUGCCCGCUGAAUAUCUUCUCAGUGCUGGGACAAAAACAACCAGGUUUUUCAACAGAGAUCCAAAUUUGGGGUAUCCGCUGUGGAGGCUGAAGACACCGGAAGAACAUGAAUUGGAGACUGGAAUCAAAUCAAAAGAAGCUCGAAAGUACAUUUUUAAUUGUUUAGAUGACAUGGCUCAGGUGAAUAUGUCCACAGACCUAGAGGGAACAGACAUGUUGGCAGAGAAGGCGGAUCGAAGAGAAUACAUUGAUCUGCUAAAAAAAAUGCUAACAAUUGAUGCAGAUAAGAGGAUUACUCCUCUGAAAACUCUUAACCAUCAGUUUGUGACAAUGACUCACCUUCUGGAUUUCCCACAUAGCAAUCAUGUUAAGUCUUGUUUUCAGAACAUGGAGAUCUGCAAGCGGAGGGUUCACAUGUAUGAUACAGUGAGUCAGAUCAAGAGUCCCUUCACUACACACGUUGCCCCAAAUACAAGCACAAAUCUAACCAUGAGCUUCAGCAACCAGCUUAACACAGUGCACAAUCAGGCCAGUGUUCUAGCUUCCAGUUCUACUGCAGCAGCUGCUACUCUUUCUCUGGCUAACUCGGAUGUCUCACUGCUAAACUACCAGUCGGCUUUGUACCCAUCAUCUGCAGCGCCAGUUCCUGGAGUUGCCCAGCAGGGUGUUUCCUUGCAGCCUGGAACCACCCAAAUUUGCACUCAGACAGAUCCGUUCCAACAAACAUUUAUAGUAUGUCCACCUGCUUUUCAAACUGGACUACAAGCAACAACAAAGCAUUCUGGGUUCCCUGUGAGGAUGGAUAACGCGGUGCCGAUUGUACCCCAGGCGCCAGCUGCUCAGCCACUACAGAUACAGUCGGGAGUUCUUACACAGGGAAGCUGUACACCACUAAUGGUAGCAACUCUUCACCCUCAAGUAGCCACCAUCACACCGCAGUACGCGGUGCCCUUUACUCUGAGCUGCGCAGCCGGCCGGCCGGCGCUGGUUGAACAGACUGCCGCUGUACUGCAGGCUUGGCCUGGAGGAACCCAACAAAUUCUCCUGCCUUCAACUUGGCAACAGUUGCCUGGGGUAGCUCUGCACAACUCUGUCCAGCCCACAGCAGUGAUUCCAGAGGCCAUGGGCAGUGGCCAGCAGCUCACAGACUGGAGGAAUGCCCACUCUCAUGGCAGCCAGUACAGCACUAUCAUGCAGCAGCCGUCCUUGCUGACGAACCAUGUGACGCUGGCCACUGCUCAGCCCCUGAAUGUUGGUGUUGCCCAUGUUGUCAGACAACAGCAAUCCGGUUCCCUCCCUUCAAAGAAGAAUAAGCAGUCUGCUCCAGUCUCUUCUAAGUCCUCUCUGGAUGUUCUGCCUUCUCAAGUCUAUUCUCUGGUUGGGAGCAGUCCCCUCCGUACCACAUCUUCUUAUAACUCUCUAGUCCCUGUCUCAGAUCAGCAUCAGCCAAUCAUCAUUCCAGAUACUCCCAGCCCUCCUGUGAGUGUCAUCACCAUCCGCAGUGACACUGAUGAGGAAGAGGACAACAAGUAUAAGCCCAAUAGCUCUGGCCUGAAGGCAAGGUCUAAUGUCAUCAGUUAUGUCACUGUCAAUGAUUCUCCAGACUCUGACUCUUCCUUGAGCAGCCCGUAUUCCACUGAUACCCUGAGUGCUCUCCGGGGCAAUAGUGGACCCCUUGUGGAGGGGCCCGGCAGAGUUGUGGGGGAUGGCGCUGGCACCCGCACCAUCAUUGUGCCUCCUCUGAAAACUCAGCUUGGUGACUGCACAGUAGCAACCCAGGCCUCAGGUCUCCUGAGCAGUAAGUCCAAGCCAGUGGCCUCAGUGAGCGGGCAGUCAUCUGGAUGCUGUAUCACUCCCACAGGGUAUCGAGCUCAACGCGGGGGGACCAGUGCAGCACAGCCACUCAACCUUAGCCAGAACCAGCAGUCAUCGUCAGCUCCAACCUCACAGGAGAGAAGCAGCAACCCUGCGCCCCGCAGGCAGCAGGCGUUUGUGGCCCCGCUCUCCCAAGCCCCCUACGCCUUCCAGCACGGCAGCCCGCUACACUCGACGGGGCACCCACACCUGGCCCCCGCCCCUGCUCACCUGCCGAGCCAGCCUCACCUGUAUACGUAUGCUGCCCCCACCUCUGCUGCUGCAUUAGGCUCCACCAGCUCCAUUGCUCAUCUCUUCUCCCCCCAGGGCUCCUCAAGGCAUGCCGCAGCCUAUACCGCCCACCCGAGCACUCUGGUGCAUCAGGUCCCUGUCAGUGUUGGGCCCAGCCUUCUCACUUCUGCCAGUGUGGCCCCUGCUCAGUACCAACACCAGUUUGCCACCCAGUCCUACAUUGGGUCUUCCCGAGGCUCAACCAUUUACACUGGAUACCCACUGAGUCCUACCAAGAUCAGCCAGUAUUCCUAUUUGUAGUUGGUGAGCAGAGGUAGGGAGGUGUCAUGGCUGCCUGUUCCUGGCCCAGAAUCUUUAGUAACAGGCUAUGAUGAGCUCCUCCCUUACCCCCUCUUGAAACUCCUUAGCCAGCAACUUGUUCUGCAGGGGCCCACUGAAGCAGAAGGGUUUUCUCUGGGGAAACCUGUCUUCGUGUUGACUGCAUUGUUGUAGUCUCCCAAAGUCUGCCCUAUUUUUAAAUUCUUUAUUUUUGUGACAGCAUUUUUGGUAUUUGGAAGAGUUCAGAUGCCCAUCUUCUGCAGUUACCAAGGAAGAGAGAUCAUUCUGAAGUUACCCUUUGAAAAAUAUUUUCUCUCUGACUUGAUUUCUAUAAAUGUUUUUAAAAUGAGUGAAGCCCCUCUUUAUUUAACUUUGUUUUAUUGUAAUUGCUGGUCAGAGGAAAAAUGCUGAUAGAAGGACUUGAAAUCUGGUAACAAGUGAGAAAAGAGAAAUUGAUACUUUGUACUUGUUUGAAAACCAAGACUCACUUGCCUGUUUUAAGAGCAGCGCACCCAAGUCUGCAUUUGACUAUCAGGCAUUUCUCCUCAAAAUUUUACCUUUCUUUAUGGGACAUUAGACUUAACGGCGUUUCAGUUUUGUUUUCAUGUCACAUUAAACGUACUGGGCAAUUGUUAUUUUUGCAAAACUGGUUAUAUACGGCUCUCUGUGUUACUGUUGGGAUUCUCUCAGUUGCUCCUGUGUUUAUUUUAAAGUGUGUUAAAAAGGCAGCUCACCAUUUGCUGGUAACGUAGUGUGAGAGAAUCCAUACCUACCGUGAAAGCACUAGGUGUUCUUUUUAAAUGAAGUACCAUGCAUUCUUCUUAAGUUAUUUUUUAAAAGUCCUUCUCUCUCUGAUUCAGCUUAAAUGUUAUUAUUGGAAAAGCCAUUACGGUGGUUAUUAUUGUAUGGUGGUGAUUGUCUUAUUAUAUGCAAAAUCUCUUUGUAUUAUGCGAGACUGGUAUUGAUGAGCUUUGCCUAAAGGUUGUUGGCAUCGGUGAGCUUUGCCUCAAGAUUAACAUGAAUUUUCAAUAAUACACCUCUCUCUCUUUGCCUCAUCUCUCCCUUCUGUUCUAUGUGAUUUAUUUGGGGAGAAAGCUAAAGAAUAUGAAACCAGAUCAGAACUUUGUGUAUAGCUUUUAUACUUUAAAGUAGCUUCCUUUGUAUGCCAGCAGCAAAUUGAAUGCUCUCUUAUUAAGACUUAUACAAUAAGUGCAUGUAGGAAUUGCAAAAAAUAUUUUAAAAAUUUAUUACUGAAUUUAAAAAUAUUUUAGAAGUUUUGUAAUGGUGGUGUUUUAAUAUUUUGCAUAAUUAAAUAUGUACAUAUUGAUUAGAAAAAUAUAACAAGCAAUUUUUCCUGCUAACCCAAAAUGUCAUUUGUAAUCAAAUGUGUAGUGAUUACACUUGAAUUGUGUAUUUAGUGUGUAUCUGAUCCUCCAGUGUUACCCCGGAGAUGGAAUUGAUGUCUCCAUUGUAUUUAAACCAAAAUGAACUGAUACUUGUUGGAAUGUAUGUGAACUAAUUGCAAUUAUAUUAGAGCAUAUUACUGUAGUGUUGAAUGAGCAGGGGCAUUGCCUGCAAGGAGAGGAGACCCUUGGAAUUGUUUUGCACAGGUGUGUCUGGUGAGGAGUUGUUCAGUGUGUGUCUCUUCUUCCCUUUCUCCUCCUUCCCUUAUUGUAGUGCCUUAUAUGAUAAUGUAGUGGUUCAUAGAGUUUACAGUGAGCUUGCCUUAGGAUGGACCAGCAAGCCCUUGUGGACCCUAAGCUGUUCACUGGGAUUUAUCAGAACAGGAUUAGUAGCUGUGUCGUGUAAAUGCAUUGUUGUCCGUUUUCCUGCCGACAUUGAAAAAAUAAAAACAGCAGCUUUUCUCCUUUACCACCACCUCUGCCCCUUUCCAAUUUGGAAUCUCAGCUGGGUUCUCACAGAAGCAUUUUCCCCAUGUGGUUCUCUCUCUCACGGUGCAUUGCCACCUUGCUUCUGGGGGAAUUUGGGAAGCAGGUGAGAGGAGUCAAGCCAAUAUAAAAAUAUGUGGUUUUUUUUCUUUUUCUUUUUCUUUUCUUUUCUUUUUUCUUUUCUUUUCUUUUCUUUUCUUUUCUUUUCUUUUCUUUCAGAAUAUGUGCAAUCACUUUUAGAAUGAGAUUUUUUUUUUUUCCUUUUCCCAUGUGGCAGUCCUUCCUGCAAAUAGUUGACAUUCCUAGUAAAAUAUUUGCUUGUUGAAAAAAACCUAUAACAGAUCUGUUUAUACCAAAGAGCCUGUUGUAUUGCUUACCAUGUCCCCAUACUACGAGGAGGAGUUUUGUGAUGCCGCUGGUGACCGGGAACUCACAGAAAGGUUUCUGAGCCGGUGAAGAAUAUUAAGAAGGAACCAAAGCCUGUUCAGUCAUCAGGCUGUUGAGGUUUCUUUUUAACAACUUGUACAUUCUUGGGGCUGUGAAAUUGUCCUUGUACUCUCAGCUCCUGCAUGGAUCUGGAUCAAGUGGAGGGUCCUGGGGAUGGGGAUGUUUCCUGCCCAUAAAAGAUUUGGGGGAAGAAGGUUAACUCUGAGAUGUAGAAGUGUUCCAUCUGAAUUGAAAAUUUUGUACUGGAGGGCUAAGUCUAGGACUGGUUCCUUGUAGAGAUGGUGUCAGGAGGUGCAGGAUGGAGAUGGGAGAUUUCAUGGAGCCUGGUCAGCAAGCUCUGUACCAGGCUGAGCACCGAGGAGCUGUCAAGGUAUUUGGAGUUUCUUCAUUGCGAAGAGUAAGGGCUUCCACGAUGGGGCAUAGUCAGUACAGCCUACCAGGAACAUGUUGGUGUUUUCUACUUUCUCUUUUUUCUUUUUUCCUUUUGGUCAUUCUGUUGAGCUGUGUUUGCGCCACCGUAUUGGUGAAGAUACCCAAGCAGUUUGUAUAGUUUCCGUCACUUAGCGUUAUACGGUUUUCUGGUCAACGUGUGUGAUCUCUGUUUCCUUUUUUGCCAAGCACACAUUGAUUUUCUUGCUCAAAGGCAGAUCUGGUUUCUAGUAGAAACAUGUUUUGUCCCUUAGCUUUCCUCUACAAGGGAUAAGAUUUGUUGUUUUUGUAACAAAUGAGAUGCAGGAAAAAAAAACAAACCACAAAACACUCCACUCCUGCCCCCCUGUCCAGUAAGUAGAUACCAGUUAAGAUACGAGUCUCAUUAACUUCAUGGGGAAAAGACAAUAAAUACCAAGAACUUGUAGGGUUAUCUUAAUCACCUUACUAGCUGUGUGUGUGGCUUUAAGAAUUUUAGAAAUUUUCAGCCUUAGUCUGCAAAUUGGCAUUUCAGAUUUACCAAGAUAAAUAUCCAUCUGUGUCUGCUGAAUGUAUAUGUGCUCAAUGUGGCUUUAGAUUCUGUCCCUGGGGCUUAUUAACAUUGCCAGCCCUGACAGGGCGGGGGGAAGCCCUGUGAAUUCGGUGAGCAGCCCGCCUGGGUUAUAGCAGCCUAACUUCAGACCAGCAUAAGGCUGUAAGUCCUUUCUGAACUUUGUGUUUCCAGCUUCUCCCCUUCAGGGUGAGAGGGAAAGCGGGGACGGUCUAAGUACAGCCACUCUGGGCUCAUCAGGACACUUGAUCACUCCAGAGCUUUAAUAGCUUCCAGGAGGGGAUACUGCUGUCAGUGCUCAGCUCAGAUACCAGCCCCAGGAAUAAAAACUCCAUUUCAAACAGUUCUGGCCAUCCAUCGUCCUCCACUAGAGGGGCUCAGCUCGACUGCCCUUAGCCAGGCAAGCACAGUAAUGUGUGUUUUAUUCAGCAUUAUUAUGCAAAAACCCACUGGUUAGGUUGGUUUGUUUUAGGAUAGGAAAUGAAAUUGCCUCUCGGUGACAGGAAUGGCCCAAGCCUGCUUCCUUAUUUUGGUUUUUGGUUUUUGGGUUUUUUUUGUUUUUUGUUUUUUGUUUUAACUGAUGGAUGGUGCAGCAUGUCUACAUGGUCGUUUGUUGCUAAACUUUAUAUAAUGUGUGGUUUUGAUUCAGCUUGAAAAAUAAUCUCACUACAUGUAGCAGCAGUACAUUAUAUGUACAUUAUAUGUAAUGUUAGUAUUUCUGCUUUGAAUCCUUGAUAUUGCAAUGGAAUUCCAACUUUAUUAAAUGUAUUUGAUAUGCUAGUUAUUGUGUGCGAUUUAAACUUUUUUUGCUUUCUCCCUUUUCUGGUUGUGCGCUUCCUUUUACAACAAGCCUCUAGAAACAGUUUCUGAGAAUUAUCGAGCUAUGUUUGUAAUGCAGAUGUACUUAGGGAGUAUGUAAAAUAAUCAUUUUAACAAAAGAAAUAGAUAUUUAAAAUUUAAUACUAACUACGGGAAAAGGGUCCAUUGUGUAAAACAUAGUUUAUCUUUGGAUUCAAUGUUUGUCUUUGGUUUUACAAAGUAGCUUGUAUUUUCAGUAUUUUCUACAUAAUAUGGUAAAACGUAGAGCAAUUGCAAUGCAUCAAUAAAAUGGGUAAAUUUUCUGAUUCA